AUGGGGCAGCAGUCGUUGAUCUACAGCUUCGUCGCCCGAGGAACGGUGAUCUUAGCCGAGUACACUGAGUUCACUGGAAAUUUCACCAGCAUAGCAUCGCAGUGCCUUCAGAAACUUCCGGCGACGAACAACAAGUUCACCUAUAACUGCGAUGGUCACACUUUUAACUACCUCGUCGAAGACGGCUUCACAUAUUGUGUUGUUGCUGUGGAAUCUGUUGGGAGACAGCUUCCAAUAGCUUUUCUGGAGCGGAUAAAGGAGGAUUUUACCAAGAAAUAUGGCGGUGGGAAAGCUGCUACUGCUGUUGCUAAUAGUCUUAACAGAGAAUUUGGGCCCAAACUGAAGGAACAGAUGCAAUACUGUGUGGAUCAUCCAGAGGAGAUCAGCAAGCUUUCAAAAGUAAAGGCUCAGGUUUCAGAAGUCAAAGGGGUGAUGAUGGAAAACAUUGAGAAGGUUCUUGAUCGUGGAGAGAAGAUUGAGCUUCUGGUUGAUAAAACUGAGAAUCUUCGAUCUCAGGCACAAGAUUUCAGGACACAGGGAACCAAGAUGAGGAGGAAAAUGUGGUUACAGAAUAUGAAGAUAAAGCUUAUUGUUCUGGGCAUUAUCAUUGCUUUGAUUCUUAUUAUUGUGUUGUCCGUGUGUGGUGGCGUCAAAUGUCAUUGAUUUGGUUGUGCUAUCGUUUUUGUUAGGCGGGUGAUUGACGGAGAACUUGUGCUGCUUUCUUGAUAUCAUAACAUAGCGUUAUGUUUACGUAUAAAUUUUUGGUGGCCCUUGCCUACCCAUUUGAUAGAGAUGGUACUUUGAGACAAUGCUUGUAUAGUCUGUAUUUCUGAAUUCGUUGAAUAUAGUAGAAGAGUCCGGAAUGUUUUCAGGAAAAAUAUGAUGAUGGUUCAUGCUCCUGUAUUUUUGAAUUUAUUGCGUGCUCAUGGUAUCAACUAAAUAAUUACAAUG